AUGAUUAAAGAAGAGCUACAAGCCAAAUGGCAUGCCAUACGUCAAAUAUUCAACGUAUUGCAUAGAACAACAAAAGAAAAACUACCCCUCUACUUUGUAGAUUUAGAGUUACAAGCCAACAAUAAGGAUAUUUUCAACAUAAAAUACAUCAACCAUGUCAACGUUGCAAUCGAAGCACCUUACAAGAAAAAGAAGUAUUGCAGAGUCAGAGAAGUCAAAGAUUUGGACGCUCUAAAAAUCAAUGCUUAA